UCUGUAAUGAAUCAUCACAAUCACAUCACCAUAGUGUUUUCCUUAUGCUUUUGACGUCGACAGUCGACACAUUCAGGACUUUCGUUUCCGCGGUACAUAACGUCUUUUAAAGUUGCAUGAGACUGCUUUUUCUAGACAUUUUGAGUAUCCAGAAGGUUCGAAAGCUGACAAGUUGUGCUGUGCCUGCUGCUGCAAACAAAGGAGUGAAAUCGGUAUUUAUGCACCAUGGAAUACCCGGACUUGGGCAAGAACUGCACUGAGCCGUCCUGCAAGCAAUUAGAUUUUUUACCAGUGAAAUGUGAUGCUUGCUGCCAGAUAUUUUGUCACGAACACAUGAAAUAUGCCAACCAUUCCUGUCCAUCAGCUUAUAAAAAAGAUGUCCAGGUGCCUGUCUGCCCCUUGUGCAAUCGGCCAGUUCCGGUUGGCAAAAACGAGGAGCCUGACUUUGUUGUUGGAGCCCACAUUGAUAAUGACUGCCAAAGUCAGCCUGCUCAAGCUAAGCGAAAGAUAUUCGCAAAUAAGUGCUCCAUGAAAGGCUGCAAGCAGAAGGAGAUGAUACCAGUCACAUGCCCGGACUGCCAGCUGAACUUUUGUCUCAGGCACAGACACAACCAGGACCAUCAAUGUGACGGAAUAGAGGCAGGAAGAAGAAGAAUGGCCGCUGAAGCCGCAACUUGUAGACAAGCUAGUUCCUCUGGCUCUAUGCAAAAUGCUUUCUCAAGUGCAACCGCAGCUGCUUCGAGAUUUUUCCCCAAAGUCAAGAGAGCAAGACCACCUGUGGUGUCUUUUCAGGGCUCGAUGAGUGAAGAUGAAGCGUUGGCUAGAGCGAUUGCUGAGUCGAUGAAUUCCAGUUCUGUUCCAAGUCAAGCAGUCAGAACCAACUCUUCGACACAACAAGAAGAGGAAGAUCGGCAGCUGGCUCUUGCCUUGCAGCAAAGUGAACAGGAGCAAAGAAGAACUCGAACGACUUCCAAUAACUCAGGAAGCAACAACUGCAACAUUUCUUGAUAUGGCAAAUCAAAAAAUGAUGGAAGAUAUUUAAAUGAUUUGACUUCUGUAUCCAAGUGAUGCUUUCUUGUUAAAUGUAUAUUUUACAAUAUUUGCACCUUUAUCCAAACUCGGUAAUAUUAUAUCUAGAGGUCUCAGACAGCCACGCUGCACUGUUCCAGCUGGCUUAAUUGAGGUCACAUGUCAGCCGUCGUGACUUGCUAAGCUGUGCCAGCCCCCAAUCCAAAAGCCGAAAAAAAUGAAAACUAUUAAAGAAAAGUAAUUCGCCAACAUUUCACACCGUUAAGCACUAGCAAACAUCACUUAAAACAAAAUUCAACCGCCAGCUGCUAGCAAAAAUGCUCAGCUGGCUCGUUGAAAUUCUGCAGCCAGCCGCCCCUUAAACAUCGCGCGUGCGAGACCCCUAAUUAUAAUGUGUUAUCGUGAUCACUUAUAAAGUGUUCUAUAUUGAUGUGAGAUGUUAUUCUUGGACCACUAUUUUGUGAUAAAUGUUAUUGCUACAUUAA